CCGUAACUGCCGUGGCUGUCGUAGCUGUAGCAUCCGACAUGCCUCAGCUCACGCUUGCAUGGCGCAACCUCGGAUCCCGACACCGCACCUUGCGGAAUCGAUCGUCGCCGGGGUCUGGCCGGGCCACGAACGGCAUCGCGCGCAAGCAAUGCAACGCCAGCGCAACCUGUGCUACCUGGUCAACCAUUGCGAGCGUGCGUUUUGAUCAUGACCGACCGCAAGUCACCCCGGUUUGCGCACACUUGGAUGAAACGUGCCCGGAUCAUCACAUCGGAUGUGGCAAGCUGCUCGCCGUUCACUGCGCGCCGUGACUUGGAGGCUGACGUUACCUCUCUCGGCCGUCUCCGCCAUGAACAUGGACAUGCCCGCGCACAUGCACAUGAACCACAGCAUGCACAUGGACAUGCACAUGAUGAAGAUGUACUUCCACACAGGCACCUACGAGACAUUGCUGUUCAAAGACUGGGUCCUCAACUCGGACGGCAAGUACUGGGCCGCCGUAGCGGGCGUCUUCUUCCUCACGGCCUUCUACGAGCUGCUUUCGGCCUUCAAGCCCAUCCUCGACAACAUGCUCGUGCCGGCCGGCAAGGUGGCCGCCGGCGAGCUCGGCGUGGCUCCGGUCCGCAUUGCGCCCUGGGCUGUUCAGCCGCUGCGGGCCGCCUACCACACCUUCCAGCUUGCUGUCGCCUACAUCCUCAUGCUUGUGGUCAUGACCUACAACAUGGGCCUGUUUUUCGCCAUCCUCGCAGGCGCCUUUGUCGGCUACCUCGUCUUCCACCGACGCGUCGGCGUCGUCCGUGCUCCGGGUGAGGAGGAGGCCGACGUUGCCGGCUGCCACUGAUGCCGUCCUCCCCCCCCCCUCCCCCCCUCCAUUAGUAACAAGUAAUAAGGAGUA